CCAAUCUGUAUGACAUCACCCUCCGCCAAGACACUAAUAUUGUUCAACUUCAAAAAGAUUUGGUCAGAGCUCCGAUCUCUCAAUCCACGACUCGAAUCAUUAGUCCUUCCGGUUAUUGAGAUCAAUCAUGAGUGUUCGACCGAACUCAGCGUCAUUUAUAUGUACCUCUUGCUCAAGGGCUCUUCGGUUGAAGCAGAUACCAACGCGUCUGAACAUAAAUGCCCCCGCCUUGUCCGCGACAUACGCAUCCGCUGCGACUCUUAAUCCAUUACGACCAACUGAACGAAUUCUAUCUUCAAGAUUUAUUUUCGAACGGACAUCAUCGAAGACUCGAAUAUAUGCCCAGACAAAUAGAAAUUAUGCAUCAUCCGUCCACGAUACUAUAGACGCCACAGGUGCUCCUCAGUCCUCAGCCGAUAUAGGACCAGUCGCAAAGUACGGACUCGUCCAGUUGUCUCACCGUCACCUUAUCUCGCUCGCAGGCCCAGACGCCGCGAAGUUUUUACAAGGCCUUAUCACCAAUAGCGUGGAUCCUCACAAUGGAGAACCGUUUUACUCUGCAUUUCUAGACGCAAGAGGAAGGGUGUUAUGGGAUAUAUUCGUCUGGCCAAACAGCGUUGAAGGAACGGGUGGCGGGGAUUGGUCGUGCUUCAUUGAUGUAGAUGGCCAGGAAGUCGACACUGUCCUGCGACACUUGAAGAAGCACAAAUUAAGAUCCAAGGUUACCCUCAAGCACGUACCGCGCGAGGAACACAACUUAUGGACCGCUUGGGGGGCUGAAUCACAGGGCGUGAUCGACUCAUCCAAUUUCGUAAGCGGACUGGUGGAUCCAAGAGCUGACGGUUUUGGUAUACGGUUGUUGCAUGAAGGACCUCCGGACACGGUCUCUCGUGAAGAUCAGGUUCUGGACUUGAGACAGUAUCAAAUCAGACGCUAUAUGCUUGGAAUACCGGAAGGCCAGGCAGAGAUUGCAAGAGAGAGUGCUCUCCCGUUGGAAUACAACAUCGAUCUUUCAAGAGGUAUCAAUUUCAAGAAGGGAUGCUAUGUCGGCCAGGAGCUCACGAUCCGUACAAAGCAUACUGGAAUAGUACGGAAGCGGAUAUUACCAGUGCAGUUGUAUCGCUCGGGAGAAGAAAUGCCAAUAUCUCUACCUUCGACAGACCCCGCUGCAAGGUUUGAUCCGCAGUGGAGUGAGGAUGUUUCUUCUGGCGUAGACAUUAAGCAGCUUGACGAGAACGGUUCCAUCAAGAAAGGAAGAGCAGCUGGAAAGCUCAUUGCAAGUGUUGGUAAUGUAGGGCUUGCGCUCUGCAGACUCGAGAUGAUGACCCCAUUACGAGUAAGUGCAGAGGGCGGAACUUUCAAGCCAGGAAUGGAAUUUGGUUUACAGGCAGACGGUGCGGAAGGCUCCACGUCGCAGCCCAUCAGAAUCAAGGCCUUUGUGCCGGAGUGGUUAAUAGAAAGGGAAAAGGAGGUUUGGGACAAAGGGAGGCAAAGAGGACAAGAAUAAAGUCAACAGAAAUAUCAGCAUCGCGUCGACCUAAUUUAACCCAACGUAUCUCAGUCUGACAGAACAACUUGAUAUCUGAUUAAUACAUG